CUUGCGUCAAAUAGCGAGCUUCUGCAUGAGCUCGAGUCAGAAGUUCAAAACAUGGAUCCUUCUAUCUACUGCUCUCCGUCUCUUCUUGUUGUUUGUUGGGCAGGUUGGGUUUUUGCGGAAGGUAUACAAGUGGCGAAGUCGGUUUCUGCAGAACAGAACUCACUCCGACUUGGCGUGGCGUACUUCACUCGCUCCUUUCUCUCUCUCUUUCUCCGGCCAGAGUCGAAUUCAAAUUCACACAACCCUUUGUCUCCUGAGCAGGGCUUAAGUGUUCACGAUUUCUCUUACUUAUGUAAUAAAUAAGGAAUACCAAGCAGCCAGACUUGGUCACACACACUCUCUGCGAGGCCAAUAGAUUUUGUGGACAGGCGUCAUUAAUAACUUUCUCCGGAACAUACUUGCAUUCUCUCCGUCGUCUGUGGGCAGGAGGAAUUGAAUUGGUCCGUGCUUACUGGGCUGAAUUAAUUAACAUUUGUAUUCAUGAUUAUGUGAGUGGUGGAGGUGCUGGUGGUGAAUAAAUACGGUUGGAUGGAAAAAUUGAUAGUCUGUUUAAAAAAAUAAAUUGUUGGCAAACAUUGCCGACUUAAUUGCAUACCAGUUUCAACGUACUUUUCUGACGUAAAAGAGCCGUCUCACUCACUCACUCAUUGUGAGGAACUUGUGGGUAUCGAUUUAGCUGAGAGUUCUCAAAACAUUCUCAAACUCAACCUGUUGUAAUCAAAAGGAGAUAAUCGAAAGUGAAAAUUAUUCAACGUCGCAUUUUCAUCUCUGACGGUGUGUUAUUGAACAGUUGAAACAACUCCUGUCGGAUACAUUGACUUGUCGGCUGGUGUUCUCUGUACAACGCUGCUGAAAAGAUAGAUACGUGAAUUUGUACGUAUAACGGGAGCAGAGUUGUGGUGACUGUAAAGAAAGACAUCGGAACAUGGACAUUUCCAUUGCAAAUUAGACCGAUAAGAGUUAACCUGACCAGGAAACUCGCGUACUUACUGCAUACGUACGUACGUAUAGGGGAGCUGCAAGUGUUUCUGUAGUGAAUAUUCCGACACAUAAAUUUCCAUAACUAGAAAGUGUGUUCUCUCAUAACAGACAUUCAUCCAGUCGCACAGUCAGUAACAAUUUUGAGGUAGAAUUUGAAAAUCAAAACUGUACACGAGAAUCUCUGACAGGAUCUCGGGUUUGUUGUAUCUGCAUCAGCGGAGGACAGGAUUAUCUCGCCAACCAACUUCCAGCAUUCCGCAUCGUCAACUUGUGACUGACUCUUCAUAGCAAAGUCACUUAAUCGCAUUAUGAGUUAAUUCACAGACUCUUUAUCAUCAUUAGAUUGGGUGCGAGGCGGAGUUUUCUGGCAGGCUGAAUUUUCACUGAAGCAAAUUCCUGACUGUGGUUGAAAACUCCGGAAACGAAAAUCUCGUUGGUGAAAUUACUUGCAAUUUCAUAACUUUCUGAUUUUAGAAGUGGUUUAAAAUCAUAACACAAGAACCAUUCUACGUACGUAUGCAUAUACUUGCAAAGGAAUCCUCCAGUUGUUCAUUCGUUACUAAAUUCCUAAAUAAAGUAAUGUUUCCUGCACAAUUUUAAUUGAUAGAAAAUUAUUGCGCUGAGAAUCGAGGUAAUUAACGUUUCGUGUAGAAACACAAAUUACCGUAGGCAAUUACAUAAAAUCAAUUAGUUUUGUGCGAUAUAAACAACAGACUCUGAUCAAGCUGAUAAAGCUGAGCGUGAAAUAAUACGAUCGUGUAUCUUCUUGGUGUGGAAUGUUUAAUGCAAUAGUUUGUCGGAAAGGGAAUUAACGCGUUAAAGUUGGUUAACCCGACGCAGACUUUCCUAAGCCGAGUUCUAAUGAUAUUGAAGAUCGAUUAAACCGAUACUCGAUACAGCAAAAAUUUCUCUUCUCUCUUUCUCUCUCUUCAUCUACUGGAAGUUGAUUAUCUCGACUUUUAUUCCGUCGGGCGACGCACAAGAUCAAAUUACGGCAACAACUGCACAUAUCCUACAAGAUACUUUUAGCGGAGAAUCCUAAGUCCUCUCUGGAUCGAAUAAUAAGGACCAACUCUCAAGGAAAAGGUUGAAACUUUGAGUACGUGAGUAAGAAUAAGGUGGAGGAAUUCAAAAAUUGUCCCAACAACAACUGUCAACUGACAGGACUGAAAGGCAGAUUUGCUUGCACAAUCUACCUACUCAUUUUUGUUGGGUGACUGUAAAAAAGAAGAGUGAAAGCAACCCCUUUUGUCCCAAAUAUUCUCCAUUCAGUUGGCGUACGUAUUUUCACCUCUACUUUGGAAAGCACUUUCCUUUGGCAAUCAAGUCCAUACAUUCACGUUAGUGAGAACAUACAUCGAAACGAUACACUGCCUGUUUGGGAUCACAUCCUUCGUCUCAACACAAAAGUACCAGCAACACAUCGCCAUUUGCAUUGGACAUCUGGAGGAGGACUUUCUUUUCUAAGAAAGUUUCUGGAAAAUUGAGAAGACAGCGUAGGAAGAAGGAAAGAAAAGCAAACAAAGUCAAGUUGGAAGAAGAUUUGGAGCUUUGACAAAGGAGACAAGUUCACUAACGAGGAUAUUUAAGAAGACGGCAAAUAGAUAUAACGCUAACGAACCUCUUUAUUUCCUACUGCCACCGCAAAUAAAAUUUCACAUCCAACAUGGGCUGCUUCACAAGCAAGGAUAAGUUGCAGAAGGAGGAUUUGGAGUUCCUGAAAUCUCACACUCGAUACGACGAGAGCACUAUUAAGGAAUGGUAUAAGGGAUUUAAGCAAGAUUGCCCAAACGGAAGGUUAACGCCGUCAAAGUUUGUGGACAUGUACAAAAUGUUCUUUCCAUCUGGCAAUGCAGAAGAAUUUUGCGAUCACGUCUUUAGAACCUUCGACUUGGAUCAAAAUGGAUUCAUCGACUUCAAGGAAUUCUUACUCGCAAUCGACGUAACGUCAUCGGGGACUCCAGAAGAGAAGUUGAAGUGGGCCUUCAGAAUGUACGACGUUGAUGGUAAUGGCGUUAUUGAUUUGCAAGAAAUGCAGAAAAUUGUGCAAGCAAUCUAUGAAAUGCUGGGAACUAAUGCGGCCAAUCGGCCUCAAGAUUCAGCAGAAGAAAGAGCAAAAAGCAUUUUCGCAAAGAUGGACGAGAAUGGAGACGGACAGCUGACACAAGAGGAAUUUUUGAAAGGAUGUCUUCAAGAUGAAGAAUUAUCCAAGAUGCUAGCUCCAGGAACGUAAUGAAACUUUAAUCUUGGAAACUUAAUCCGUGAAUUUCAAAAGACCAGAUGUGUAAUCAAGUCCUUGUCUAAAUAAUACCGAAUAUUAAAUGAAGAAGGAAGAAGAGUCACUAUGAUAUUGGAGCAUGAAACUGGAGAAUUAUAAAUGUAAACUAAGCGGAGGAGGAGGAGGAUCAGGAAGAAAAAAUGAAACAUCGUCUCACUUUAUCAUUGCCGUUUUAUAAAAUACUUGGAAACGGGGAUGUGGAGCAAAGCUUCUGUCGCUAAAUCCUUGACGCGUGUGGAAUUAAUUUAAAUUGCAUUAAUCUGCAAGAUACUCUAUUACAUUAUUCCCAUCAAACAACCCACUCCCCAAGUCGUCGUGCGCAGUUAACCCAUAAAUCUAAAUUAAAUACAUUCACGACGAUGGUACGUGGAGAAAGUUCAACUUUCUCCUCGUGAACCAAACAAGCUUUCCCCACCCAGCACUAGAAUAGUGAAACGCAACAAUCAUAAUGCAUAUGCUAACCCUCAUGCUCGGACCAUUGCUGCACAAUACAUAGUACAGAAAAAGCCGAAUUUUAUCAUAAAUUUCAACUCCCAUUGUAACGUUGCCAGUUGAAGUGAUGCCGAUUAUACGCGUUUCUAAAAAACAAUCAAUCCCUCAUGCUUAUAACCUAGAUUUCCAAGCUUCUUACCUGAUAACAUGGUAUACUGCUAUUAUUAUUGACAGGGGCAUACAUUUACGCCAUCAUUAACGGAUCGAGUACAUAAAUAUAUUCCCAAAGUAGUGGAUAGAAUCGCCUUGUUAACAAACUUUCAAAUCAACACGACUCCCUGUGAUCUUGAUAUUAGUUCAAUGCAUGAAUUAUUAAAUUGCAUAUGCGACGGGCACACUGAUGGUGAAAAAUCCUAUAUUCCUCAUACUUGUAGCUAUUGCGCAAUUAUUUAAAUACAUAAACCUUUUUGCAAGUUCAGAAAUUCCAGUGACUUUCAAGUUAGGCGUUAUUAUACCUUUCCACGGUAUUCUCUAGCAACUUUUGAAGUAAUAACUGACAUUGUACAUUUCUACGUGGCAGGGAAUUUGCACAUUCCAGACUUUAGCUUAGUAAGUUCUUGUACUUUUACCCAAAUAUUUUACACCGAAAAUAACAAAAUUCUGGAUCAAGUCAGUCAGUGCCAGCGACAGGCCAGAAAUUGCAAAAUUGCAUUCCUAAAUAUAUACAUACAUAAAAAUAACGAUCGACCCCUCGCCUUCCUGUACCAGUUAUUUGCUACGUAUAAAAUAUAGUAUGUAAUUAUUCGUAUACAUAUAUCGAUUCCACAAUAUUUUUACCCAUCUUAUUAUAUUUUAAAUUUUAUGAUACACACUCAUUGCACUGCAAUGUAAGUUUUUUUCUUAGAAAGUAUGUAUAUAGUUGACUAAUUAAGCAUCCAUUGUCAUACCCAUCAAUUUUGUGUUCGGUUGUAGGAAGCAGAUUACUCGUCGAAUUUCUUAAUCUAUUUGUAUUGCAAAAAUGUGGUUGCGACGAUAACGAUAAUUCAUACUAUCAGUUACAUAUAUUUGGUAAUUGAAUGAAAUAUCUCUAGUCAUCUGCACUAAGCCUCCUGAUGCAUGAAAUAUUUUACAAGUAUGAACGACCCAUCGCGUUGUGAACUGUGACGAAAAUUGCGAGUUAUUGUUUGAAUUAUUAUACUUAUAAUUGAUUAUUUUGUUUUUGAGGCAGACCUGUGUCUGUCUCCAUUGUGUGCAUGCCAUGGUUAAUUCAUUUGAGAAUAUGCAAUGUAAUUGCGAUCUGAAAUUUAGCUAAUUAAUCGCCACAUUACAUGAUGAGCAGUCGUUGUUCCCAGAGAGUACUUCCAGAGAAUUUGUGGUUUGCAUGUUUGUAUAUUUGACUUGCAUAUUUUAUGUCCUCGGCCCAGCAUACAUACAUAAAUAUAUUGUACAUAAUGGAUUACUACUUUAUUUGUAAAUUGUAAUUUGUACUGGUAAGUAAAGUUUUGUCUCAUAUCAAAUUAUUUUUUGUGCACAAACAACAGCUCUAGACUUCACCAUGUAAUUUCUACUGUGGAUCAAAUAAAAUAUUGUAUCCCUUC